GAACAGUGCAAGGACCACAGCUCAUCCGUCCGUCUGCAGAAGCUUGUUUUUCAACAGAACAAAUGUGGACACGAGCACCAUACCCACUGAAGAGAUUUACACGUGAUCUCAUGUCUUGACGACGUUCUUUGCACGUGCAUUUUUAGCCACUUGCGAUGGUUUCUUCUGGCAGUCGUCGAACCGUUCGAUUGUCGACAGCGUUAUGUGUUUUCUGGCGAAUUCUGGUGGUGACCAGUACCUUUAGUUGUCACCCGAAAUGUAACUGUAUCUGGCGGAAUGGGAAACAGACAGCCGAGUGUCGUGGAGUGGGUUUCAAUGCAGUACCUUCAGAGCUCGACAGUGGCGUUCAGGUUCUGAAUAUUUCUAGAAACAAGCUCCGCAUUUUGCACCGUGACUCAUUCCUUCAGGUGGGUUUGGUCAACCUGCAAAAGAUUUUCUUGGCAAAUUGUGGCAUAGAUCAGGUUAAUGAAUACGCUUUCAAUCGACUUACUAAUCUCGUGGAGCUCGACCUUAGUUACAAUAGACUGACCAUUGUCCCUUCUGGUAGUUUCAUUCAUGUCCCAAGACUUCGAGAGCUCAGACUCAAUGGUAAUCCUUUGUCGACACUCUCUAACUUCGCUUUUUCUUCGGCCAAAUCACUAACGAAUCUAGAAUUAAUAAACUGCCACAUUCACACCAUAACUGUAAAAGCUUUUGAUGGCCUAGAAAAUCUUGAAAAAUUAAAACUCAACGACAACAACCUGGAGACCGUAUCAGGUAAAGCCAUGAUCCCUUUGAAAUCUUUACACAGUAUUUCUUUGUAUGACAACCCCUGGAAGUGUGAUUGUGAGCUUCGUACAUUUCGACAAUGGUUGGACGAAAACAACAUACCUUACAUUUCCCCCACAUGUAAUCAGCCUUCACAUGUCAAAGAACAGACGUGGGAUUUGAUUAGCAUUGACAGCUUCUCUUGCCCUCCACAGUUUCUUAAUACAUCUAAUGUGGUCAGUGUGUACGAAGGUGACAAUGUUACCUUAGAAUGUAGAGUCAAAGGAGACCCAAGUCCUUCUGUGAAGUGGAUUUGGCGACAAAGGACUAUAGCCAACUUUUCAGAAGGAAUUUCAUCUCAGCAAACGUUUAUAGUCAGUGAAUCAGGACAGAGGGAGAAACUUUCUCGUCUUAAAAUUACUUUUGUUCAGGAUCCAAAUGCAGGAGCUUAUUCUUGCAUUGCUAAGAAUCUCGCAGGAACACAAACGAAAAACUUCACGGUCACAGUCUCAAGGCAUCCUGUUACUGAAGUCAAAGUAACUAACAGAGAAAAACCGCAGGAGGUAAAGGAGAAAAGCUCUCCUGCAGAAAGUGGAGAGGCUUUAAACAGAGGAACCACAACAGGAAUGAUAACCGGGAUUGUCAUUGGCGCUUUUUUGGUGUUACUAAUAUUUGCCAUGUUGCUUUGGAUAUUACAUAAAAGACGACGAAAAUCAAAUACUCAUACGCGUGAAGAUACUACUCACAAAAUUGGAAACUCUGUCUGUGCACUAGAAAAUAAGGAACCACAAGAAGGGGUAAAUUUAAAUCUUCUUGGAGCCAAUCCGAUAGAUAGACCUUCGAGGCUAGGUGUGUACAAGGGACUACCUACUUCCGAACUGGAUCCAUACGAUCCUUUAGAGGAAGUUAUGGCUCCUCACGUGUGGGUAGUAAACGAUCACAAACCAUCUCCUAAUCCAACGUGGGAGAGUUCUCCGAAGACAGACUCUGCUUUAUCACUCCCUCCCCAGAUUGAAAAGCGGCCGACUGCCCGCAGUCCCAUUCCCGUCCCCAUACCUGCUCCACCAAACGACCUUCACUCGCGUCUGCAAAGUGAACUAGCCGAUACUUUACGUCGGAAAAGUGAGCGGAAACCAUGCGAAAGAGAGCGUGGGGAUGGAAGCUCCGAGUUGGAAACCACCGACUUUGAGAAUACUCCAAAACAAUCUCAACUACGAGACAAAGAAAACCAAAAGCAGAACCCGGAUAAUGGCGUACCUUUAUCUCCUCUACACUUGGAAGGAAAUACACCUGAUUUGUUAUCUCAUCCCAGCCAAGUAGCAGGAUUUAUCCCAGUCUAUGAAAACCCGUCUGCUUACUUCCGGCCGAAUGAUGAUGUCACUUCAGACAGCAAAGGAAACAAGUUGUCUGAAGAAGGAGAGGACGGCACCGAGGUCUGAAACAACGGAAACCUCGUGAUUUUUGCUUACGUGCCUCUACUUGGUGAAGAGACGGAACAUGGAAAAAAUUUCGUUCCAGUGAUCCGGUGGCGUAGUGCUAGUGCUAACACUUGGUGACAACAGCUCAACACCGGAUGGUUGAAAGGACACACAAACACGUUUUCAACACUGAGCACUUGACAGGUGUGGGUAUCUUCCUCAUAUGUUCAGUCACUUUAUUCGUCGUUACCAUGUGACCUCUUCCGAUGUUUCCUUUUCCCUUUUGUGUCUAAAAAAAGUAAUUUCUAUAUAACAAAAUAAGUUUAACUAUCACGUAUACGAACUGAAUUAAAAUACAGAUAUAUAUGUGUUUAUGUGUAAAUACACGUCAGAAAUUGUUGUUUUGUUUCUAAACCAGAUAGGCUUACAUCAGUCUAUAUAUCAAUGUGACAUUGCUGUACUCGGAGAACAAUGGUCAGUUGCCACGAAUCUGUACAACGUUUUGUCAAACCACGUGUUAAUUUUAUGUACAGUUUUUCAGGUCUUUCGCCAAAUCUCACGUGCUAAAAUUAUUAUGUUUUGUAACAAAGAACCUAACAACGGAUAUAAAAUAAGUAAAUAAAAGCUUUAACGUUGC